GUAUAUAAUGGAAGGAAAGUAUCAUCAUCAGUAUUAUCUCAGCUUGUUCAAGAGAGAUUACAUCUAUUCUUCUCCAUUUGUGAUUUUAUCCCAUCGCAUUUGACCCUUACAACUAAACAUGGCUUCCAAGAUAAUGCUGUUAAUAUUCGCCGUUGUCAUGGUAACUGCCUUGGUAACUGCAGAAACUUUCGAUGAUCUCACCGAUGAUGAUCUUAAUGAGAUGGAAGCUCUGAUUUUCAAAAGAGCUGAUUCAAAUGAAGCUGACAUCGGAAUGGAGUUUGAUGACGCUCAAAUGGAAAAACGAGGGCGGGGAAAAUUCUUCCGCUGCACACAUCCAUUAAAUGGAUUUUCAUGUGUCUGUGAUAGGCGAUAUCGCAAAAGUAAUCCCAACUACUACCGGGUAUGCGGACAUCAGUGAGAAGCCUAAUAUCCGACAAUGGAAUGGACCGGCAUGAAACUCGGAUACGAGAAUCAAUGGACAGACAUCGAGAAUAAAUCAACUCCAUUUAUAUUGAAGGUGCAACCCAAAUGUGAAUGGAUUAUUAAAUUAUACACACAGUGAUAAAACGAAUAACAUAGCAAUUUGUUAUUACCUAUCAAUUCCGCACUAUAAUUAUUUUAUUUUCGGACGAACACAUGUAACUAUUCGGCUGAUAUUUGGAGGAUUCCAGAAUUUCGAUGUGUAAGCCACAUGAAUGCCAUCAAUGAACCUUGUUAGACAUCCUUCUCAAUCUUGUUUUCAAAAUUUGAACCCAUGUUAUCUUAUGGUAUAGAGAUAAAAAGAGGGGUCUAUAUCGAUAC